GGAGGAGGGAGGGGAGCGGGAGGCGGCCAUGGACGACCUGGGCUGCCCGCGGUGCAAGACCACCAAGUACCGCAACCCCUCCCUGAAGCUGAUGGUGAACGUCUGCGGGCACACGCUAUGUGAGAGCUGUGUGGAGCUGCUGUUUGUGAGAGGGGCUGGGAACUGCCAUGAGUGUGACACCCCCCUGAGGAAGAGUAACUUCAGGGUACAGCUCUUUGAGGAUCCUGCUGUCGACAAGGAAGUGGAAAUCCGGAAGAAAGUGCUGAAAAUAUACAAUAAAAGAGAGGAAGACUUUCCCAGCCUAGAUGAAUAUAAUGAUUUCUUGGAAGAAAUAGAAGAAAUUGUAUUUAACUUGACCAACAAUGUGGACUUGGAGAACACCAAAAAGAAAAUGGAGCUGUAUCAAAAGGAUAACAAAGAAGUCAUUCAGAAGAAUAAGUUAAAACUGACACGGGAGCAGGAAGAGCUGGAGGAGGCUCUGGAGGUAGAGCGGCAGGAAAGCGAACAAAGGCGGCUGUUCAUCCAGAAGGAAGAACAGCUACAACAGAUGAUAAAAAGGAAGAAUAAACAGGCACUCCUGGAUGACCUGGAAAGCUCUGAUCUUCCUGCCUCUCUGCUCUUAGCUCAGCAUAAGGACAGAUCUACUCAGCUAGAAAUGCAGCUGGAAAAACCCAAACCUGUCAAACCAGUCACGUUUUCCACUGGCAUCAAAAUGGGUCAGCAUAUUUCAUUAGCUCCCAUUCAGAAGUUAGAGGAAACUUUGUAUGAAUAUCAGCCUCUGCAAGUGGAGACAUAUGGACCACAAGUUCCGGAGCCUGAAAUGUUGGGAAGGUUGGGGUACCUCACCCACGUUCGAGCCGCCUCUCCGCAGGACCUGGCUGGGGGCUACGCGUCCUCCCUGGCUUGUCACCGGGCCCUGCAGGACGCUUUCAGCGGGCUCUUCUGGCACCCCAGUUAGCCAGGGAGCAGCAGCCUGUGGCCAAGGGACACCCAGUGGGGCGAGAAGAGACCCAAGCCAGCAAAGGUGGGGCAGGAUCGGCGCCAUCUGCGUUGGCCGGGCUGCACUCACUGCCCUGUGCACCCCUCUGGUGCAAAACCAGCUGUGUUUAAGUGUUCAAGGGAGAAAACAAACCCCAUCUGCACGAGAGCUUUGUGAAAUGGUAGAUACAUUCUUGUGGAGGGGGAAGCUCGUUAGUCAUGUGGCACUUUGCUGAGGGAGGCUGAAGCAAUAAGCCACAUCUAAUGGAAGAUGUGAAUAACUCGGCUGUGUACGUUUGAGGCUUAAAGAAAUACACUUGUAAAUUUUUUUUAAAUAAAGCCAGACUUUAAUAAAGUUUGUGGUUUUACUCUUAUUGCAGGGUUUUAUUUGCACAAGCAUUUAAAUGCCAUUUUGAUUAUAACAUUUAGUGUCAAUAUUCAAGCCUACAUUUUCUUCCCAUAAAACUAGUUUCCCCAGUUUAGACAAGUGGGUUUUUCCUCCUGCCAGCUGGAUGAGAUGAGAAACUCUGGAAAUAUGCUGACACAACUCUUGUGUGGGAUCCUUCCUCCGUGUGUCACUUGGUUCUCACCUUUGCUUGGAAAACAAAUCUUUAGCUCAAGGGCUUUCAGCUGAGGUGCUCUAGAAGCCAUCUAAGAAACCUUGAUACAAGGCAGAGUCACUGAAGUAGUCACAAUUGUGGGGUUCCCUUUUGGGGUUUGUUUGUUUGUUUUGUUUUUGUAUGUUUGUUUUUGCUGUUUAUCUCCAUUUGCAAAUUUCUGUCAUAAACUCAGGAACUUCUUUAGGUGGGAACAUCCCUUUGGCUUUCAGGAUGAUCCCUUCCACCUGAUGUGAUCAUUUUUGUAUUCCUUGCCUGCUCCUUGUAAUGGAACAUUAACCAACUGCAGGAGAUGGGAACCUGCUCAGGACAGCCACCUUGGACCAUGUUUUAUAGGCCACCUGCUCAUACCUAUUGAAUCCUGCUCUGAGGAGUGCACUAGAUGGAUGUAUUUUUUUUAUGCUGUAAUAAAGAGAAGAAUAAAAUCUG